UGAUACUUAACCGUCAAACUGUAGUUCCAACUAGUAGCAUUUCUUUGAGUCUGUACGACCGCCAUGGCUCCGUAAAUCUGAAUCCGCCAUUUCUUCCUUAAAAGCUCUGUGUAAGUCAUCCCCCUCCUCCUGCAUUGGUUCCGACAAGUUCUCAAAUCAUUAUUUUUCCCAAAAUAGUUGCAUCUGUCUGUGUUUUUUCUUUGUGAAUGUAAUAUUUGGUAGAGUUUGAGGUUUAUGUUUGAAACAUUCAUACUUCAUAGGUUUUAAGCCCUGCAAGUUGUACCCUGUAACCUGGACACUUAAAUUUGUGGGCUCUUUUUAGUUCUUUAUCAAUAAACGUAAUAGUCCCUUUGUGCCUAAGCUUCUUCAUUAAAUUGGGUGUGCAUCUCUCUCUCUCUCUCUCUCUAGAAGUGCAAGAUGAACUGCUUGAUCGGUUAUUGAAUGAGAACAUUCAUGCUUGUAAAUUUUGCCGGUGUCACACUGUCAGCCAUUUGCUUUGAAGCUACUCCUUUGGGAGGGCGAUAUAUUUUCCAUUUGGUUGUUAAGAAACUGUGAAGAAAUAAAAGAAAUCAUUUUUUUUUUUUAAUUUCUAAGUUGUAUAAAACAUUGAGAUUGGAGGAAGCAAAUCCAAACCAUCUGGUUAUUUUGAGGCGAGUUUUCCAUUUCCUGGGAGCCAAAUCAACUUGAAACAUAGUAUCUAUGGUUUUGUGCCUUUUGUUUGUUUGUCUUAUUCUAUCAGCAACCAACACGAGUGUGCUAAGAAGUUUAUUGGCUUUUGGUUGCCGUUUCAAGUUAGAUUCCUCUUUGAUCGUGUUCUUCUUUUUUAUAUCUGUUUCAUUUCUUCACUUUUCAAUUAACUUUGAAGCUGUUCACAACAUGGAAUUUUGCACUCUUUUUAGUGUAAUGGAUGGUGCUGAUCCCAUUGUUAGCAUUGCUGAGAGCCACCAAAGUGAGGUACCCAAUUCUGGCUUUGAUGGUGUUAUGGAGAAGGUAAGCAGUGUUUUAUAUAGCACUGUGGAAUGUGAACGGCUAGAUGAGAGUGCCAGAGCUGUUUCCCUAUUGGGAGAGACUAGAAAUUUCGAGCCAUUGUCUGAGAAAGAUGUAGAAAGAUCAGCUUUACUCAAAGCAUUCGGUGGUUUUACCAUAGCAAAGGACUCUAAGGAAGGAGACGACACAAAGAGCACGGACAAUUCGAAGAAAGUUCAAGACAGGGGAACAGCCAUAAAGCAUUCAAAUCCCAAGAGUAUAAUGACUUCAGUGAAGAGCAAAGAUGACAAAUCUGGCUCAAUCACCUUAAACAAACCUUUUGCACUUGCAACAAACUGGAGGUCAUCUAGUGACAGGCAGAUUGCUGCAAGCAUUCAUUCAACUGUGGCAAAGAAAGUGGCAUCUGCAGCGAGUGCUGCUUGCCAUGCCCUGCAACCAGGACAAUCUUACACAGCAUUACCAGCUUUAAGCACAAGAGAGCCACAAAGUCUUAGGGAACUGGCGAAACAUAAGCCACCAGCUAAAGUUGAAGAAUAUACUCAUUCUGCUUCUUUGUAUGUUGUCUUAACUGUGCUUUUGUUGUGAUUCCCUAACAUUAAAGUCUUCCCAUUUUUCCAUGUUUAGUGAAGGAUU